ACAGUAAAAUCAACAUUGACUGAACACACUUGUUAUUUCAGAGGGGCUUUAUUCUUUUUUGAGGGAAGGUACUCCACUGCUUAACUUCAGACACUUAAAAAGAUUACCUACUUCAUGUAGUUAAUAUAAUUGUCAGUGGAGGGGUGUAUAUCACCUGUCAGAGUCAUUCCUCUGACUUAAGCCGGAAUGGAUAUUACUGGCACCUGUGUACAGAGUUUGUCAUGACAGGGCAUUGACCUGCUGUUAAUGAUAAAAAGAUACAACAUUUUAUUUAGCAAACAUGGCAGCAGGCAGCAAAAAGAUUAGCCGUCCCUAGAUAAGAGAGAAUAACACCAUAAAUCUCCUUAAGUCUUAAGGAAACAAUAGUCAACUGAGGUAAACAAGGUUUUAAACCCAACCAAAACAGGCAUUUGUAGCAUAAUACACACAGAGACUCGACUACUUGUUUCCUUGCUGCUCGCAUCCUUUAUCUGCUGCCUUUUGUCUCUGGUUGGGUGGCUUUAGAGAGAGGAAACUCAUGGCAGUAGAGUUUUAUUACUCUUAACAGAUCAACUUUGACUGAUUGCCUUAUAUUCAGACCUAGUAAGAAGAGCAGUAUAAACGGGUAAUGGAACUUUCUUUAUUUCAGUGUGGACUAUUUUUAUCAAGUCGCAGGGUGCCGCACAGUCCCCGUGGAAUUGGGUACCCGAUACACAGAUGAGGAAUGGUCCCAGAAGCUCAUGACUGUUGGUGACUUCAUCGACCAGUAUAUUGUGAAUGAGAACGGUGUAGGAUACCUUGCCCAGCACCAGCUUUUUGAUCAGAUCCCAGAAUUGAAAGAGGAUAUCAGUAUCCCUGACUACUGCUGCCUGGGGGAAGGGGAGGAAGAUCACAUCACCAUUAACGCUUGGUUUGGUCCAGAAGGCACUAUCUCACCUCUUCAUCAGGAUCCCCAGCAAAAUUUUUUAGCCCAGGUGUUUGGAAGAAAGUAUAUCCGUCUCUAUUCACCACAAGAUUCAGAAAACCUGUACCCCCAUGAAAGCCAAAUUCUUCACAACACUAGUCAGGUUGAUGUGGAAAACCCUGACUUUGACAAGUUUCCCAAUUUCCAGAAGGCAGCAUUUCAGUCCUGUAUUCUGAUGCCUGGGCAGGUUCUGUAUAUUCCAGUUAAAUACUGGCACUAUGUACAGUCUCUCGAUAUCAGCUUCUCUGUCAGCUUCUGGUGGUCAUAGGUCUGAAGAAUGCUUGGACUUAGCACUGUAGUAGGAAUUAACAGGCAGAAAAAGGAGCAUCUGGCAUCUUCUCACAGAAUUCUUUUUAAGCAUGAGAAUGUUCUUCCCUGUCCAGAGGUCAGAAGUGGAUUAAAACCAAAAAAACCCCAAUGACCUCUCACUUCAGCAUGGUGGAGGAAGCUGGCUGGGUAAGUGGAAAGAAGAUGCUGCAGCCACUUUACUUCUGUGGGUGUGUGAUAGGAGUGCCUCCUGCAGAGCCUCUGUUGGGCCAUCGCCCCGUAUGUGCCUCUGAGCAGCUCUACAUGUGGGCACUGCCAGGACUCUGCUCCCCAACGCACUGAACAGCAGGUCAGGGUUAUCUGCUUGGGCUUGGGAACAGUAAAAACUGGACUUAGAUGAACAGGGAGGGGUGGUGCUGCCCUAAGCUUCAUUAAGUUUAAAAAAAAUUAAUGUGAAAAAAAAGAUACCAGUUAACACCAGGGAAAAGUUACUGGUGUUAAGGCCUAGGAACAUAAUUGGAGUUAAUCCAUAGUUUAAUUGCAGUUAAAUAAACUGAAGCUUAAUCAUCCUUUGAUUAACCAUCACCUGAACUGCUGCCUCUGCCUCCUGCAGUGUCACACGUUUCUACCAAGGAAAAGAUACACUGCCCUGUCUUUUGCCCUGGCAAGAGCUAGUCCUCUCCAGGUCACUCCUAAGGGGAAAAGCAUCCUUACAUAAAACUGGAGUGAAGUGCUA